AUGGUUUCAAAGAGGCUUCAGAUCCUUGGUAUAUCAUUGGGGUUUAUUGGCUUUUUAAUGGUCAUUGUGGUGUGUGCAUUGCCUAUGUGGAAGGUCACUUCUUUUAUUGGACCCAACAUCAUCACAGCCCAGACCAUCUGGCAGGGCAUGUGGAUGAACUGUGUGGUGCAGAGUACAGGCCAGAUGCAGUGCAAGGUGUACGACUCCAUGAUGGUUCUGCCCCAGGACCUGCAAGCUGCACGUGCCAUGACAGUCAUCUCCAUCCUAACUGGACUCUGUGGAGCGCUCUUGUCGGUUGUUGGUGGGAAAUGCACUACCUUUAUUGAGGACAAGCGAUCCAAGGCCAAGACUUGCAUCUUAGCUGGAGUUUUACUCAUUGUCUCAGGGUUGCUUUGUCUCAUUCCAGUCUCCUGGUCUGCCAACACCAUCAUCUCCAACUUCUACAACCCACUGGUGAUUGAAGCCCAGAGGUAUGAAUUAGGAGCAUCACUGUAUAUUGGCUGGGCGGCUACAGCACUGCUGCUGAUGGGAGGAGGACUACUGUGUUGGAACUGCCAGCCAAAACAUGAGCACCCCAUCUAG